AUGUCACGGCUGGUAGGUGGCUGUCGAGAUCAAAAGAUGGAUAUUGCUAUUCUGGCUGACGUAUCUAAAAGUAUGACACCUGAGGAGCGAAGUGAUCAGAUAAAACUGAUCAAUAAACUGGUGGAAAAGAAAGGCGUUUCUUUCUCAGGAAAUCAUUUUGCCUUCAUGACCUUUGCAAAGGAAGUCAUUAUUGAGAGCAACUUCAACGAUCAGUCAUACUACGAAGAAGGCAAAUUAAAAGACUUAGUUCAGGAGAAAUCAAGCGUGAUACCUAAGUUCUGGGGAACACGUAUAGAUCUCGCCAUGGAUCUUGCCGCCAAAGAGUUGUUCAGCGAACAAGGAGGAGACAGGCCUGACGCUAAGAACGUCCUAGUCAUGUUUACGGAUGGAAAACCUGUUAAAACAAAGUGGGAUGAACGACCUGAUAUACCGUUUGAAGAUUUCCUGGAGGCAUUAGAGGUAAUAUAACUGACUGCUACACUUUGUUUACUCUCUUUUGAAUUUGACUUUCAAAGAGAAAACGCGAAAAGAGUUAAAUUUAAAUCAGUUUAUCUGAACCGGUUUAAGAUUGAUGCUUCGGGUCAGUUUUUGAACUUGAUGAAGUUAAACUUAUGUUCUUUCAACAGAGUAAAGAUGUGAGCGUAAUUGUGGUAGCAGUCGGUGAAAAAUUAUUUCAAGAAAAAACAACAAUGUCCAAGAUUGCUGGCACGCCAAAGGGAGAACUCCUUCUGUACCCCAAUUUUGAUGAUCUUCCCGGACAUUUGGACGAUAUCGUGAAAGCUACUUGUGGUAAGUUGUCUUUACUAUUUGUUUAAUCUUUCAGUGAGUUAAGAAUAGUUGUGACUGCGCCAGGAGAAAGUAUACCUAAAUAGUAAUUUUUCCCGCGUAAAGGCCAUUAGCCUUCACUUUCAGUUAGCCGUCCGGGGUUGGGCUAUCCGUUAAACGAACUCACCCGCUGGUUUAACUUUUGAAGCAAUCUCAAUAUUCUGUCAUUUUUUGUUUAACCGACCGUUUGAUAACUUAGGCUGUUGGGUUACAUAGCACAACAGGCUACCUAUCCAUUAGAGCGUUUUAAGUGGGACAAACUGUGGGAACGCUUUUCAUGUCAAUAACUGUUACAAUAAACCAUCAGUUACUUCUUAUCACCUGUUUAACGAAAAACGUUCAGAAACGUUUUCGCCAUGCACGUCACAAUUGCGAUCAGUUUUUCAAGACUGCGAGGUUUCUAAUAUCCUGGUUUUAAUUGAUGGUCAUCACCCAGGAAACGGCCUUAAGUUUGAGAGAACAAGAAUGUUCAAGGAUUUAGUUUACAAAUACUAUUUGUAAAGGUAACACUAAUAGACAGCUCUGAUACAACUAGGGAAUAAUGAGGUGGCCUAUGGGUUAGCUCAUUGAGUCCCAAUUCGACCUGAUUUAAAAAAUAUGCGAGAAGUAGGUUCAUAGCUGGUGAUCUAUGUCUUAAUUCUAAGUACAUCAUCGACGAGGGUAACAUUCUUCUUUUAUCGUAGUAGUUGUCAUUGUCAUUAUCUUAACGUUAUCGCUAUCAUUAUUAGCAUUAGAAUUGUGAACAAUUAAUGAUUAUCGAGAGACGAUUAUCUGAACUACAUCUUUUUUUUUCUUUUCAGAGACACUUGUACCUAAGCCGGAAGGUGUGUAAUUUUCGUCGUUUUUUUUCUUUCGGCGUAAAUUAGAUGCUACGUGUUUCGUAGCUGACGAGUGCCAUCAGUAUAGAAAAAGUGAUAGACAUGUGGGAUCAAUAUCAGUAUCUGGGCAACUGCCCACCUACCCCUCCCUUAACCCAACAUUAACCUUAACUCGUUGUCAAUUGACUGUUGUUGAGUUAAGGGAGUGGUAGGUGGGCAGUUGCCCAGAUACUGAUAUUGAUCCGACAUGUGUAUACUUGGAUAUUGAUACACUUAGGGAGUUCGGAGAGUACGGCUGAAGAAGGAUAGUCGAGAGCAACCCUCAAUAAACGCUUGCUAGUAGAACCAGUUCUUUUCCCAAGUAGCCCAAUGGUGAUUGAAUACGAUUAUCAGAAAAUUCACGAUAUAGAGUACAAAAGGAUCUUUUUGGCUGAUUAAAACGGGUAUUUUUAAGCUGGAUCUUUUCAGCUGGUGUAUCUCAAAUUCUUUGAGACAAUUCACUUCUUUGAUUAAUCAAUACAUCCAAACUCAAGUAGAAAUCGUGGCGUGUUAGAAGUAAUACAUCCUUAAAGGGCUUUUGAAUCUUCAUAAUGAAUUUAAAAUUGUUCUGUACUCUCCUACAUAGCGACCAGCACGUAGGUAGCGUACUAAAUGAACAUCUCUAAGAAUUGGGACGUGGAUGGGCGAAUCCCCUAAUGUGUACGGCUCUGAUAACUUCUGCUGGCUGCUCGGGAAAUAACACAGACAAGAUAUUACACGAAUGCGCGUGGAUUUGAAUUUAAUCUUGGAGUGUUAAUAAUAUCUCUUACCACAGAUUUUAUCGAACCGUGUAGUUGAAAGCCAAGCAUGACAUUUCAGUUUAUCGCGUAGUUAUUGAUAACCCUAAGCAAAGACCUUGAAAUCUGAAACAGGACUGCGCUGGAGUGAAAACAAUUCUCAAUAAAACCGCUUUUUUCGGGUGCAUUUUCGAUAUCUAUACAAUGAAGGGAUAAAUGCCAUGAUAGUUAGUUGAGACCAGUGCACGUGCUAUACUACAACACCUAUACCGGCAUGCAGGCCAGCCGUUUACUCUCUCAGGGUGUGUUAAUAAGUGUGCAGUCGAAUUUUCAAAUCACAAAUCAUUGAUAAAAAUGAUAUCAUCGGUAGGUAAGUGUCCUGAUCAAAAGAUGGAUAUUGCAAUCCUGGCCGACGUAUCAAAAAGCAUGGACAGGCGGCAGCGAAGUAAGAAGAUAGAACUGAUCAAUGAGAUAGUGGAAAAGAAAGGCGUUUCCUCAUCAGGAAAUCAUUUUGCUCUCGUCACCUUUGCAAAGGAGGUCGUUAUCGAAAGCAACUUCAACGAUCAGUCAUACUUCGAGGAAAACAAAUUGAAAGACUUAGUUCAGGAGAAAUUAAAUGUGAUACCUAAGUUCUGGGGAACACGAACAGAUCUGGCCAUGGAUCUCGUCGCGAGAGAGUUGUUCACCAAACAAGGAGGAGACAGGUCUAAUGCUGAGAACUUCAUAAUCAUGUUUACCGAUGGGAAACCUUUUAAGUCAAAAUGGGAUGAACGACCUGAUGUACCGUUUGAGGAUUCGUUAGAAGUUUUAAAGGUAAAUAUAAUUGAAUUCUGAAGUUCACCUUAAUACCUUGAUGUAUUCAGUAAAAUUUGGUGCUCUCUUCUUCUCAUAUAUCUUACAUUCAAAUAAGGAUAGAGAGCACCAGGGUUUAGUAGUCUUCCCUUUUACAGGAUGCACACCCGUGUAGCAACGACAGUGACGAAAUAUUUACAUUUUCAAAAAGGAUUUAAAGGAAAGACCACCAAACAGAGCUUGUGACCGUAAGACACCUACCAAAGCUAAACAUGUUUAACAAAGAUAUUAAGUAAAAAAAAUGCAAACGAACUUCGUCAGAUUUCUUGUAUUGUUCUCAUAAACUUCGUGCGAUAUCUACCACGAAAUUUUGUAAUCUGCCUUAGAAAUUUAGAUAAAACAGUCUCGAAGAUGAUCGUAGUUAUGAACUUCCUUACAAAUCUGAUGCAGCAAUCUAGAAAUUCAUGACCUUGAUAAGGUUUCACCCUUUUCUGACAGAGCAAAGGCGUGAGGAUAAUUGUCGUGGGAGUCGGUAAAGACGUCUAUAAAAAAAAAAAGGCGUUGUCAGAGAUUGCAGGCAACAAUGGAAAAGUGCUUCUGUACCCUGAGUUUGGUGACCUCUCCGGACAGUUGGGAGAUAUUCUAGAAGCUUCGUGUGGUAAGCUCUCCUUGUUAAAUUUAUGUGUAUCGACCAAAGUUUUCAAAAGAGAUGCCAGUAAAGUUUUUCAAGUAAAGAUUACGUGGUUGAAAGAUCGCGGUCCAAUUUACAUUCGAAAAAAGAGAAGCUCGAAAAAUCUGUAGUUUUGAACAUAAACUUAUCCCACUGCAUUUAACGAAUAGAAGAUAUCAAAUGAUUUUAAAAAAGAUCAUUCGUUUACUGCAAAUAGAGAGUCAAUCUUUUAAGUAGCCUAUCUAGUUACCUAAUAGACGUUCCGUACUUCGUUAAGAGCAGAAAGCUGAAAAGGAAGGGUAGAGGAAAAUAAAGGUAGUAAUGACGAGUGCCAUAAAUAAUGUCCAUUUUAUGUCUCAACGUAGUCUCUAGGUAUGUCAAGCCUGAAUGAUUUGACUCAAUCCCGGCACUGAGCGACUGCAAUUAGAUCGUCGAUUUAGGACGUAAUGAAUAAACAUCAGUGACAAAACAACGUGAAAUGGUGUAUAACUUAACAUUUUGAGUGCAUUAUUGCUUGUGUAUUCAGUUGAAAGAUUUCACAUCUAUCUUGCCCUAGUAGCUUCCUAAUCAAGUCAAAAUCUUACUGUUAUUUUCUCUCCUACAAGUCAUUGACGGUGGAUACACUGAGUGGUCUGAAUCUGAGUGCAGCGUGUCGUGCGGUGAAGGGAAAAAGACACUAACGAGAACCUGUACCAAUCCCACGCCAUUUAACGGUGGAAAGGACUGUAGUGAACUGGGCCCAGCUAAGAAGACAGUUAAAUGUAACGAAGGACUCUGUCGUGAGUAUUCUUCCUCUUUCAAAAAAGAUUCUUCAGUAACAACUUCAGAGCUUAAAAAUAAGAUUUCAGAAAUCUGCUUCAUCCUGCGACCGCACUUAUAUAUCACAUCGUUAUUUCACUUGAUUCUGUCUUUUGUUUGCCAGUAUACUGUUUUUAAAACUUAUCUAAACCUUGGUUGAACAGGCGUCAAGAGUGUGAAGCGUGGUGACUUAACAAUAGACUCACCAGACUCCGGAUCUAAUGAUGUGGGUCAAAGUGUUUUUGGGCGUCAUACUCUCACAAAGCCUUUCACCACCGUGGUGUAUAAAUAGUUACUGGCGAACCAUAAAGGGGGCCUGAAAAAAUGAAAAAAAUGCUUGAAAGGGAGGGGGUGAGGAGAAGGGCCUAAUUUCAUGCUGGCCUGUAUUUUCACUGGCCAAAUGGAUCACUAGGCUUGUAAGCCGACUUUACCUAUUUUACCCUUCAACACACAUCAACUUAAACAUUUUACUUCUUCAAAUUCAGUUUUCGAAUCAGAUUUCGUUUUGCCUUGCUACGCUUCCUACAUUCAUUCAAAGUCAAGGAAAGAACAACCUCUAACGAACGCCUUCAUUUAUAUCACAUUAGAAACAAACACAUUAAUCUACACCAGAACAAAAGUUUAAAAAGUGUUAAAGAUGUGGCCGCGCAAUCAAAUUCCUUAGACUACUUAAUAAUGGUAAAUUGAAAGAUGCAGUGCAGAUAAGAGGAGAAACAUAAACCUUGCUCAGCCUCUCGGACAGGGGGGGGCUCUCUACAAAGAAAGAGAAUAGAUUGAAAACACGAGCAUGGCCUGAUUAGCAAAUAGAGAAGCCUUAACUGUGCCCUCUUCUUAGAGCACGCAGGAAGCGGCUAGAGCAUGAAAGAAUUGUAAGGAGAAACACGAGACGUAAUCGAGUGUUUCUUUCCACUUCUCGGGUGCUCUAGCCGCUUCCUAAGUGCUUUAUAUCAGAACAGAGCACAUGUCAAGGCUUCUCUAUUGGUUUUAUAAUAAAGAAUACGUUAAAUUCCCCCUGCAUUACUUUCAGUUUUCAAAACAAACUUUAUUUCCAAAGCGAGCAAUAGUGUCGUCAGCAUGCUCUAUAAACUCUCACAACGUACGCUACAAUAAGCCAAUCAGAAUCCCUGUUAGAAUUAUUUAAAUAACCUGAUUGGCUGUACAAGGUUAGAGCUGUCAAAAAGGUCCAAUAAUCAAAGCUCACACUCAGCAUUAGUUUACAAACUGAAAUAGUUCGGCUGGUCGAAUUUAACACUUUUGCCUGAAGUUUUUUAGUCUCUAAUACACAAUCUGACAGUAGAAUGUUAAGUAAAAUCCGGUCGAAUUGUGGCUUAUAAAAACACGCAAGUGUUUUCACAUAACAAUUAGGAAAACAAGCUGUUCAAGGCGAGUGUUUUAUGAAUGAAGACAGCCGGAUUCAACGGAACAUGAAGAUUGCACGGUAUGAAAGCGCCGUGAAAAUCGGCUGCAGUGACUGAUGUGGCCUUCCACUCAAUGUAUUGGAAAGGACAUCAGAGCAAGCUCUUUGUUGUUCACUCGAAGGGUGGCCGAUGUAAUUUCUGAGGUAUGCUUCACUGACUGCGAUGUCCAGAGAUGAUCCUCAAUGUCAGCAUGAUUGCAGUCGCUCUGACACCGUCAUGAUUAGUAUGAAUUUUAACAAUUAUGCUAGUUUUGCUGCAUUUUUCAUGAUUCCUGUUUUGUUUUUGAACACGAAAAUUUAUACACUAUACGAGUGUUAGCUGUUUUUUAUUCUUAUUACCGUACGUAAGCUUGCAAUCUCAUUGAGCGUGAAAACUUUCAAAAUUCGGACUGUCCAUCUCGUUUUCUCUCCGGGGAUUUUCGUCUCUGCUCACGUUAUUAUAACGCAAAUAAUGGUGCCUGGCAUGUUUUCAAACCUUUGUUUGGUUGUUGCCUGCUCGCUUGAUCCGAAAUUUCACUUUCAACUGAGGAAAAAAAGCCGGAGAGAAGUCCCGGAAAGGGUCGGACAUAGUACAAUUCGGCAGAUGGCAGCUAUAGCUUAGCUCUAUAUGCUCCAUCCUCUUACAGAGCACGCUCUUUCAACCAAUGACCUGCGUUAUAUAUGAACUUUAUUAUAAUAAUAGAUAUAGAGUUAAAUGAUACAUAUAGAAAUUUCAUCGAUUCUUCUAAAGAAAUUUUAACAUUAACAAGAUUUCGCUUUGUAAAUGGAGUAUGAAAGAUGGGAAUUUUUUUUCGCUUUCUCGCAGGUCCUCCCUGCACAGCUGGACUUGAUAUAGGAAUUGUACUCGACAAAUCAAAGAGUAUCAAGAUACCUAACCUGGAAAAGGUUAUAACCUUCUUGGGAGACCUUGUCAAGAAAUUCAAUCCUGCACCCAAAGCAGAUCACUUCGGCCUCAUCACGUUUAACGAGCAAGCGAAACUGGCGUUUUCCUUUGCAGAUUCAAAAUACCAUAGCAAGAAAGAUCUCUUGAGGAGAAUAGCCAAUGAGCCACUAAAACUGAACCUUCAAACUCGCACCGAUCUGGCUUUAAAAUUGGCAAAAGACAAGCUGUUUACCAAGGCAGGGGGAGACAGACCAGACAAACCAAAUGUCAUGAUUGUAUUAACAGAUGGAAGACCAACACAUCCUGACAAAAGUUUCAACUUCAAGGAAUUUGCUAAGAAACUAGCAAAAAAAUUUAAAGUGAGUUAUUAUUUACUGGAAGUGUCAAUCAUUAUUAAUUUCAGUCGUAUAGAGGAAAUUUACUAUGGUAGUACGUGUAGGCUAAAGGCAGGUCGUUGGUCUGUCAAUUUUUCGUGCUCCCCAUUUAUGUCAUAGCGUAAAUACCACCCCAUCUCCUACAUCAGCUGGCGCCAGAUGUCAAUUUUUACUCGUGGAUAUACGUAGCAAAGGAACGAAUUAUAUGGAGAUUCCAUAUGCAAAUUCGGCCUCAUGAGUCUGGGGAGAGUAUGCUUCUUAAAAGAUAUUGUCCAUCAAUCAAAACUUAAACUACUCAUUUUGGGGGGGGGGGUGGGGGUAGGAAUCAAAUGUCAAGUUCAUUUCGCAACCCGAGUACAAUAAGUAUAUUCUAAUCAUAUUCUGGACAUUGUAUCCGAAAGUUCACAAUAAUCUCGCCAAUUAUUUUCGCUCACCUCUCAACAACAGGAAAAGGACGUUAGUACAGUGGCCGUGGGAAUUGGCAAAAACGUGCAAAAGGAAACCCUGAGGCAGAUUGCAGGUGGAGGCUCAGUGGUUGAGGUGGACGACUUCGACAAACUUAAAGGAACGAUCGAAGAAAUCAAAUCUAAAGCUUGUUCAGGUGAGGUGACAUAG